UAGGACGGUUUAUACACUCGUUUCUCUUUAAAGCACUUUACGCAGGCCAUAUUUUUCAUUUAUUUGUUCUGUAACCAGCCAACAUAAUACGAGGGGGAUAACUGGGAGGAUAACUGGCCAGCCCUGGUCUAGUUAUAUGUGUCCUAUUAAUAGGCCAGACUCGGGCUCACAUAUUCAGCUGUAACCGAACUCCAUCUGCCAAGUCACGUCCUCUCCCUGCUCUCCCUUCAACAGUGUCACUGCAGCCAGGCUGAGGGCACUCUGGUCUGUGCCACCCUCCGAGCCAGACAGACGGCAGGACAGCCAGACAGCUGCCCAUCGGACCAUCUCGCAUUAUGGAGGCUCUGCACGUCCGGCCGCUGGUGGUGGAUGGGGCGGCGGUUGACGAGGAGGAGCUGGGAAAAGGUGUUGAGCGGGAUGAGGGGGGGGCGGAGGCCUUGUCUCCUUCCGGCUCCACCACAGACGAGGAAGCGAACGAGGACUCGGAACCGGAGCCCCCGCCGGUGGUCCGGAGGAAGGUGUCGUUUGCGGACGCGUUUGGCCUCAACCUGGUGUCGGUUAAGGAGUUUGACAACGUUGAGGUGACGGAGCCAGAGCACAUCCGGGUCGACGAGAGGGAAGUGACCCACUCGUUGGAGGAGUACUACAUGUCUUGUCUGUUUACAGUCCCCUCAUCCCCAGAGGAGCUGGACCACAGGGUGAAGACGCAGAUGCUAGAGCUGGAGAGCAUUGAGCUCCUCCCAGGAACCACCACCCUCCGUGGCAUCGUCAGGGUGGCCAACCUCUGCUACAGCAAACACGUCUACGCCCGGGUCACGCUGGAUCGCUGGAACAGUUUCUUUGACCUGCAGGCAGAGUACGUCCCUGGGUCCAGCGACUGGAAAACGGACAGGUUUACCUUCAAGUACACCCUGGUGCCUCCCUUUGAGAGAGACGGGACCAGGGUGGAGUUCUGCCUCUGUUAUGAAACUUCAUCGGGCACAUUCUGGGCUAAUAACCAGAGCAUGAACUAUGUGCUGUUUUGUCACCAAAAAGGGCUCAUGAAGGAGUAUGGGCCUCAGACGCCAGACGAGAACACCGGCUACAAGAGCAAGAGGAGCUGUCUCAAAGCCAACAGGAACGGAAGUGCAGAGGAAAGGACCAGGGAGACUGUUAGCACGGCAACAGUUGCUUCAGAAGCAACACAUAAAGCAGAAAGGGCUGAGAGAAAGACAAUGGACAAGCCAGAUGUGCAGUCGUUAAUAAACUACGAAGUACGCAAACCACGGGUGGAAAGCAUAAAGAGCAGACACAGAGCGACACGUUUGGCACGUGUGCAGGACUACUUCUCACAGAGGAGGCAGCAAGCACCGAAGGCAUUUGCACAUGACUCAGCCGACGGCCAGAAAGUUUCACAGCCCAUGCCGGCUGCGUGGGGCCCCGACUCCGCCAGUGUCCUCUUUAAAGGCCAAAAGACACAACCGGACGAGGCUCCAAAGGUCCUCACAUACCAUGAGAUUCCUUUGCUCACGCUGGACUGGAACAAUGAUAGGCCGCAGCAGUGUGGGGCCGCUGAUGCGGAUGAUAUCUGGACUGGAAGAGAUAAAAUUACCUUGUCACAUGCGUUGCAGGAAAACGCGCCUUCUGUUAAUAACAUGUGGGAUGCCUUCCUCAACGGCGCAGGUGAUACCAACAUUAAAGAGAGCUCCGUGUGGCAGGCUUUUCAAAACGGGCCGAGCCACGGGGACCAUUCUGGCGUCCCGGAGUCAGAAUGGCUGCAGUCGGCAGCGUCAGUGUCUCCCUCAAACGAUAAGGAGCUCCAAACUCAAUAUGCAAGCAGUCAAGAGUUUGGAGGAUUUCGGGUGGGCGCAGGUGCACCCGCCGCCGUACAAGCACACACCUUAGCUGCACGUCAGGCGCUGUCAGGCACUUGCGAAACUCAGUUGCCUAAUGCAGCCUUGAACACUGAAGACCACGAGCGGGCAGAGGUAUGUGUCAGCAGCCCAAGAGAUGACAACAUAGAGACACGAGAUGCACCCCAAAGGUCACAGACAAACUCUGUAACAGACACUCCACAGGAAUUUAGCCUCAAGGGGGCACCGCCUGUGUCCGAGGACUCUGCUGACAGUUCAACUGAGUGUCACAGGCAUGCGGUCCGGGAGCAAGAAAGAGAGGGAAUAAUAGAAGUAGCAGAAGGAAUAGUAGGCGAUGAGCCCUUCACAUGGCGCACAGCUGACUUGGUAACAAGCUCAGGGGAGUCGGAGACAACAGACAUGACAGCAAUGCCAGAGUCUCAGAAUGCCAGCGCCGGUGAUAGGAUCUCACAGGGAGCAAGGCUGGCUGAGGGUCUUUCUUCCAGCGGGGAAGGGGAGGUUACAGGUACGGCGCACAAUGCGAUAGAUGACAUGCUGGCAUUUAGGGAGACAAUCAGACAGGGGACAAAGGAUGAGGCGAGGAACGCCUUUUCCACAUCCAGGGCGGAGGGAGGGAUUACGACGCACUAUGCGGAAAAUAAAGUAUCUACAGAGGAGGAGGUAUUUAGGCCACAGGAAACCGAGGAGUGUGAAAUCUCCCCAAGGUAUGCAGAUGAGAUUCAGCGUGAGAAAGCAGGACUGAGACAAAACAGCGAAAACCCAUUACAGGAUGGCGAUGAAAGCGAAACGAGACCUGCACAGUCACACGCAGAUGGAGCCGAUCCAAAGCAGACACGCGAGGAACAUUUUGAACGGAACAAAAUUAUGGCAACUGAACUGAACAAGGACGCCUCCUCAAAUAAGGACACGGAAGUAUUAGACGGGCAUUCUUGGCAACACGAUGACAAACAACUCAACUCAUCGCUGCCGGCGGGAAGCACAUCAGCGGUUUUGGAAGUACACGACGAACAGGCGAGGCCGGUCCAAGCAGGUGACGAGCAAUGUGAUGAGAAGAGGGAGCACUCGGCACCGAGACAAGCAGAGGAAAGCAUGGCGAUGACAUCAGAAAUAGGUGAAGAGGAGGUCUUGAAUGAGACAAAGGAGGAAAUAAGCUGGAGCACUGAUGGAAUCAGUGAGGAGCAACAUAAAGUGAAACCAUCAACAGAUACAAGACCUACAGUGGAAUCAAAGGAAGUAAAAAUGGUUUUCCAAAGUGACUAUGACACUUUGAGGUUCUGUCCAACAGAUAAAUACAACCCAAACUCCUUAGAGAUAGUUGAACCGAGGUGGAUUCACUCACAGACGGACAUGAAGGGUCAAAAAGAGGCUAUAGGAAGUGAAACAAUCCCGGAAGAAGUUAGGGCAAAGGAGAGCGUCGCAAAGGAAGACACUUCAACAGAGCGCCAACCUGAGACAUCAGAGAGAAUAGGAGAAGAUAUGUGUCAGGAAGACGAAGAUGAGAGGGUGAGUAUUGGAGAGCUGGAAAUAGAAGCAAUGAGGGAGCUGAUGGGUAAUGUUGAGAGCCCUUGGGGGGAGAGGGAGAAUACAGCAGCCGAAUUGAAAGAACAGGAGUUGUCAGCAGAAGCUGAGAGCUCCCCACGUGUUGAAUAUAAAAAACUGUCAGACAGAACAAAAGACCCUAUUACACCAGAAACGACGGAAUCACUCGACGUGAUAGAGUCGGGGUUGGAGAAGGCGCUCAUAGAGAGAUUUGGAGAAAAUUUGGUCUGCAGGGUUUGGAAAGAGGUCUUCAGUCAAGAAGAACAAGCGUCUAAUAUACGCACAAAUAUUGUUGAUGGAAUGGGUUACGGCUCGACUGACACUACACAAGACUGCCAUCUCCUUUUUGACGACCACUCGAAUGACACUUUUGAUUCGGGAGUAUUUUCUUUGACAGAAUUACCAACAGACCCAGAUAUAAGUCUAGAGCAAACCCUAGCGACAAAAGGCAAUGAACACUCCCCAAAAGAAAGAAGUCAGUCUCUUACCAUGUUAGAACAAACUCAGGUUCUCUCUGAAUUACAGACAGAUUUAAAUUCAAGUGCUCAUCUCAGUCAAGAUCUCGCCACUCAGUGCAGGCAGUCACCGACUGAGUCAGCCCAAACUCUCAGCUCUCCAAAGGAUCAGGAAGACUACUCUCUAAUAAAAGAAAGAUCAGUCACUCAUCAAGAGACAGGUAGACAAAUAGAAGACUGUGCAGCCCCUCACAAAGAGAGUUUUAAUCAGUCAGCCCAUCCAUCUCACAAACACUUGUGUCCCUCCUCUGAGAAAUUAAAAGAGUCCGACAGUCUCGUGUGGUGGAGUAUAUUACACAUCCUCAGUCACAUUAUCAGACUGGUAACCUGCGCCCUCUUAGUUGGCGGAUUAUUCGUCAUCGUUUUCCUGUACGAUUUCCCAACAAUCUUCUCCCUCUACAUAUUUUCAUUGUGUUGGUGGUUUUACAAGUGGAACAGACACCGGGCGACGACUAAAAAAGGGAUGGUGAGUUAGGGUGAGUUUUAAGCAAGGGUGCUGAAAGGUGCUGCGUGUAGCAUUUUUAAAAUCAACACACUAUACGUGUGAAAAGUGCCCUUUUUGGGGUCGGUGCGGGCGAUGUCAGGAAAAAACACAAAAUUUCAAGAAAAAAAAAGAAAAAAGUUCAAUCUAUGAGGCUAUAGUCAAGAUGACAGGAAGGACGAAAUAACACGAAAUGAUAAAAUGCUACACACAGGGCUAUUAGUGAGUGUGUGUGUGUGUGUGUGUGUGUCUGUGUGUGUGUUUAUAUUUGUUUUUUUUUUUCUUUAAUUCCUUGUGAAUUAGUGCAGUGCAUCCCAAGCUUUUGUCCUCUGUGACCCAUGAGACAAAGACAAUUUGAGAGCUGUGAGAGCAGUGGUGAAUGAAGAGAGGAAGCGGCAUUAUCAAGAACAACACAGUGAAUCAGGGAAACACAGUGUUUUUGUUUUUUUUAGUUGCUUCAUAGCGGCUACGAGUUAAAGCACAAGUUAACACGCCCACAUGAUCUCACACCAGUAGGUGGUCAUAACCUUUAAUUGAGAGGGUUUUUUACGCAUUUAUACAGUGCUUUUUCAAAAACUAUUACUAAUUUUAUCUAUAUAUGCAUCCUCUGGUAGAAUCAUACAGUAAUUCACAAGAAAAAAAAAGCAAGUGCUCCUUAAAUCCCAUGCUGGGAACAACUGAGACAUGGAAACUGAUGAUGGUUUCCCUUUUGAGAAAUAAUCUCCAAUUUCACAUGUGCAAUUUAGCAAAAUUUUAAUAAAAUCAUUUUUUAUUUCUGUUUUGAAAAUCAUAUGAAUAUUGACAUUCUGCUGAAUGUUUUUAGUAUAAAGCUUAUACGUGUAUGAUGUGUGUAUGUUUGCUGUGUUUUAUGGGCCCAAUACCACUUUACAGUGGAUCAAAGUGACUUUCCUUGACUUUCUUCAAUAAAAGAAAUUCAUGCGACUACA